UGAAAUAAUCGAGUUUAUCACGUUCUUUGUGUUACAGAAAUAAAUUAAAGUGCUAAUGUUGAAUAUUUUUUUUUUAUAUGUUGAAUAAGACGUAAAACGAACAAAGCACGUUUGUUAUAACGCGUCCGAUGACGAGUUUACAUUCGUAGAGACCGGUCGGCAACAUGUCGGCGGUAGCCGAAAGCGUAACACCAACCAAUCAUCUUUAAGGUGAUUAAUAACAAUCGCAUAAAUGACAUCGGACAAUGACGCGUUUCAAAAUUCAAAGGAUGAAGUUUUUUAUAUUUUUGUCGAUCUUUCUACUCGGUCAAAUCGCGGUGUGCAGUGGAACCUUUCGAGAAAGAAGUGUCGGGCGUGAAGGCUCCGUAGCGAAAAGUGUCAUAAACGGUGAAGUUUUGUCCUCGUCUAUAGAAAAAAAGCAGCAUAAUGAAGCACCCUCUUCGUCAUUGCUAUCGUCUUCUUCGUCACUGACGAAAGUCAUCGAUGACGGGAAUAUGGGCGGCAAUGAAAAGCCGCCGAACAACAUAACCUCCAAAUCGUUCGUCGAAGUUUCGAAUGGAACGAUACAGACAACGACGUUAGCGUCAAAAGAGCACAUAACAGAUGGUCAUCUAACGUCCUUGAAUUCUGGAGCUCUCCUACGUGGCUUUUGCGUCUUUAUAGGAUUGAGCAUUUUGGUCAUGGCCUAUAUCGUGUUCCGUAGCUUUAGGUUCAGUAAAACACGGGCACAGAUGAUUCGAAAGUACGGUAUUCUUGCUCAUAGGCAAGACGUUGAAAUGCGACCAUUACCGUUAGAAGAAGAAGAUGACGAAGAUACUACUGUUUUUGAUGCCAGCAAUGUUUUAACUAAUAAUGCUCAACAUCAAAACUUGUGAGAAUGUUUCUGUUAGGAACAUGACAUUUUCUAAGCUUUUAUGUAUGCAUCGUGAUAUUGCUAUCAAAAACACGAUAUAUUCGUGCGUAUUGGCUACAUUGCUAUAUUGCAUUAAUUGUAUCAUUAUCGACAAAAUGUUCUUUAUCUUUGCAAUGCAAAUAUAUAUAUAUAAUACUAUCAAAUUUGUGGCACCCACUGUUCGUGUAUUAAUAAAAAAUAUCGGGUUGCCUAAUCUACUACUACACAAAGUAAACUAUGUUGUUAUAAUUAAAAUUAAACAAAUACA